GUAAAGUUCAGGUCUGUUUCUCUCUCUGUCUGAUGAUGUUCAAGCUAAACCAAGCAGCACUGCUCUUCAUCGAGCUAUUAGUGAUGUGUCAUGUCUUUGAAGUAAUGCUUCAAAACGAAAACAGAGCUAUGAUGGUGCCCAGAGGAGACUCAGUGACGCUGACUUGCAACAUAUCCAAGACAAAUGCAACACAAAUCUCCUGGACUAACGGCAGAUCAGUUUUUCAAUAUUCCAAUCGCACCUAUUCAAAUUUCUCAUUGCACAGACUGAAAAUAAAUCAUGAGCUCCCUACAAAGCUAAUUAUUUUUAGUGCUCAGCCUGAAGAUGAAGGAAUUUAUGCAUGUACCAUAACAGGCCAAAGUGGUGUAAACAGCAUUACAUGGAAUUUAACUGUGUCUGAGAGUCCCAAAGAAUCUAUUCCAUCACAAUAUUUCCUAUACAUAUUUCCACCUGCAAUUGGAUUCCUUCUGUGUGGCAUCACGCUAGCUGUCUUCCUCUACAGAAAAAUGAUGAUGAGGACACUGAAUCAGGAUCCAGUCCAGGAUCAGUUUCCCCCUCAUUCAGGAGAAGAGGCAGCACACUCACAACCACAGGGUGGCACUGCUCACUGUACAAACAACAAACGGAGCAGUCAGUAUAUGGAGAGGCUCAAUUUAAUCUAUGGUCACUUCUGAGCUGAUGAUUCUUCCAGUUACACAGAGACAUGGACGUUUUUCAACUUCAGAGGGACGACAACACGGCUACUAUUGCCUCUUCAGCUCAGAAACACAGCUCUGGCUGUGAGCACAGCCAACCACCCCCAUUUAAUCCCUCUGUUCACAAGGAGCAGCCAGCUAGAAGAAAUUUUGAAUUCAAGGACUGGAAAAAAGAACUAAACAUCUUGUUUCAGAGACAGAAUGAACAUUGUUAAAUAAGUUUUCAGUGCAGUAAAAACUUAUUCAGGAAAAUUCUACAUUUAUGUAUUUAAACAGUUAUAAUGGUUACUGCAAUUUAACAAAAUAAUAAAAUAUAUUCA